AUGUAAGAUCUAAGGUGUACUGUUGCAGAUCAUAAUAAAAAAAAGUUUGUAUCAAUUACUCUUUAGAAGGAAGCUGAAAAAAGAUUAUUCUGUUUUCAGUGUUAAAGUGAUGCUAUUGGAGGAGAUUUUACAAAAUCAUAAUUAGUAAGUAAACUUAAACUAUGUGAUUUGGAUGAAGUUAUGGAAGGAAAUGCUUAUUCUGUAUAUAAUUGGCCAGCUGAUGAUGAAGGUACUAAGGUCAAAGACUUCUUAGUUGGAUAUAAGGUAAUUGUUGAAUGUAACUUUCUUUAGAGCAUUGAAUAAUAUAGAAAGGAUAUAGAAGAUUUCUUUCUUUAAAUGAAAUAAAAAUUGAAUGAAUAAGUGGAGAAUGUUAAACAACUUUUGGUAGAAGCACUAAAUGCAACUUAAUUUAUGAAAGAUGAAAAACUUAAAUAAGAAGAGCCAGAAAAGAAGGAUGCCAAAAAAGAUGAUAAGAAGGAAACAAAAAAAGAUGAUAAGAAAGAAACAAAGAAAGAUGAUAAGAAAGACACAAAAAAGGAUGAUAAAAAAGAUGAGAAAAAAGAUCUAAAGAAAGAAGGUAUUUAUAAUUCUUAUAUUAAAUAGAUGAGAAAAUAGAUUUAACACCAACUAUUGAAAAUUUAAAGAAAUAUUAUGAUACUAUUUAUGAUCUUACAAAAAUCAAGACAAUUAUUAAAGAAAAUGUCAAGAGUGAUCCAAAUCUCUUGAGUGCAAAAAUUAAUGAUUACUUAAAUGAUUAAAAAAGAUCUGAAUAAAUUAUUAAUAUGAGAAAAGUCUUUUAAGGUGUCAUGUCUGGAAAAGUUGGAAUUAAUUAAAUUACAUUACAUAAAUAGGUAUUUGAAAGUUAUUGGGAAUAAAUUUAGAAUAGUAUUUAAUAAUGGCCUGUAAUCAAUUUUUAUUAAAUAUUAGUAUAAAUUUGGAAAACCUCAAUGGAAAUUGAAUCCUUCUAAAGCAGAUGAGUCUAAAUUAAUUAAAUAAUUGUCAGAUGAUUUUAAAGAAUGUGCUGGAGCUGGAUUACAAUCUUAAAUUAUUUAUUCUGAUGUAAGUUUUAGUGAAGGUUAACAUGGUUGCAUAGUAUUAUUUAAAGAAUUUGAUUAAAAGAGAGCUGGAGCAAAUGGUAAUUUUUAUGUAGGAGUUGUACCAGAAGAUUCUAAAGAUAAAUCUCCAUAUGGACAUGGUUAUAGAAGAGAUUUAUUUAGUCAAAAUGGAGAAGGAUUGAAUGUAAGAAUAGGAACUGAUUUCAAUAAUGUUUUUAAAGUAAUUCUAAUUAAAUAAAUAUUUAGAUGCCUCCAAAAUUAUUAGCUGUUAAAUUGGAUAUUGAUAACAAUUAUUUUGAAAUUUGUGAUGGCAAACGUACAGUAGUUUAUGGAUUGGAAAAAGAUAGCAAAUUAAAAGAUCAAAAGUGGAGAAUCUAUUUUUGGUGGAAUAUAGCAGCUGAUAGAAUCUAAUUAAUUCACAGUUAUUGAGCCAAGUUUAUUUUUAUUAACAAAAUAAAUAUAGUUUUAAAUUUAAU